AUUCAGCGAAGAAAUGAUCGAAACUUUAUUCGGGUAUAACGCCACCGACAAAAACAAAGAUCACUCAAGGAAGAAUUCUGCAUCCCAAGAUCCCACUUUCCAAUAUAUUCAAAUCAUCGAUCCAAAAAAAGCUCAGAAUCUGUCUAUUCUCCUAAAAGCAUUGAACGUGACAACCGAAGAAAUCUGUGACGCAUUAAAAGAAGGAAACGAACUUCCGGCGGAGCUUGUUCAAACUUUGAUAAAAAUGGCGCCAACUUCCGAUGAAGAACUGAAGCUCCGUAUGUACAAUGGCGAUCUCUCUCAUCUUGGAACCGCAGAACGUUUUUUAAAACCUUUGAUUGAAAUCCCAUUUGCUUUCAAAAGACUAGAAUCGCUGCUCUUUAUGUGUAAUUUCCAGGAAGAAGAAGCCAUGAUUAAAGAAUCCUUCGUAACUCUAGAGGCUGCUUGCGUAUCACUUAGAAAAAGCCGAUUGUUCCUGAAACUUCUGGAAGCGGUUUUGAAAACCGGGAAUCGGAUGAACGAUGGAACUUUUCGUGGAAGUGCACAAGCAUUCAAACUGGAUACACUGUUGAAAUUAUCAGAUGUUAAAGGAAUCGAUGGGAAAACAACGCUUUUACAUUUUGUUGUUCAGGAGAUUAUCCGAUCAGAAGGUAUAAAAGCUGCCCGAACUACCCGUGAAUCUAGGAGUUUCAAAACCGAUGAUCUUCUCAAAGAAACUUCAGCUUCUUCACAAGAAACAGAAGAGCGUUAUCGUGUUCUUGGCCUUCAAGUGGUGUCUGGUUUGAGCAGUGAGCUUGAGAGUGUUAAAAAAGCCGCCAUUGUUGAUGCAGAUGGGUUGACCAGUUCGGUGUCGAGGCUUGGUCGGGCAUUGGUGAAAUCUCGUGAGUUUUUGAAUACGGAUUUGAAGAAGAUAGAAGAAGGAGACGAGUUUCAGAGAGUUUUGUUGAAUUUUGUGAAGAUCGCAGAGAAGGAGAUUAUGUGGAUGCUUGAAGAAGAAAAGAGGAUAAUGAAUCUGAUUAAGAACACAACCGAUUACUUCCAUGGACACUCCGGGAAGGAUGAGGGAUUGAGAUUAUUUGUAAUCGUUCGUGAUUUUUUGAUAAUUUUAGAUAAGGUAUGCAAAGAGGUUAAGAAGGAACCUGUAAAAGUAAAACCACCGACAACAGAGAAGAACGAUGAGUUGCAGGUUGGGACUCCAAGAAAAGGUGAUGACGUGUCUGCCGGAGGUACCUCUGAACCUUCUCGUCAAAAUCCUUUUUCUGAUCACCGGCAAAUGCUAUUUCCGGCGAUUGCUCAGCGACGGGUGGAUAGUUCUAGUUCAGAUGAAGAUUAG